UAUACCCUUCUAAAAGCCGCGCAUGACCGACGAAAAGUCUCACGAUUGUGAGGACACCUUUAACCCCCGCGUCUGUGCGAGGGGGGGACCAAAGCGCAGGCCUGGAAUCGAUCCUCCACCCUCUCCCCCUACCCCGGGAGAACGCAACGCGUCCGCGAAGAACAACCCCCGGCCGACGACUCUGUUGUCGACCCAACAACAGUUCAAAACCACCCCGAAGUAUUCACGUUGCAACAUGGCGUUGGAUUUCGCAGCCACGUACAAGGUUCUGGUGCUGGGCGACUCGAACGUCGGCAAGACCUGCAUCGUGCACCGCUACUGCGACGAACGGUACUACGACACGUACAUCUCGACAAUAGGUAUCGAUUUCAAACAGAAGAUUAUUAACUUAGACGGGACACCGAUUAAAUUGCAAAUUUGGGAUACCGCCGGCCAGGAAAGAUUUCGAACUUUAACAACGGCGUACUAUCGCGGUGCCAUGGGUAUCCUUUUGAUGUACGAUGUCACUAGUUUGGAGAGUUUCAACCAUCUGUCUUACUGGCUGCGAAAUAUUCAAGAAAAUGCGUCACCAGAUGUAGUAAAAGUUUUGGCAGCGAAUAAAUGCGACGCUACCGCGCAUCGCGCUGUCGACGCCGAGAGAGGUCAGAAAAUCGCGGAGAACUUCGACAUGCCCUUCUUCGAGGUGUCGUGCAAGGAGAACAUCAACAUCGAGGAAGCUUUUCUCACUCUAGCCAGAAGGAUACGGGAACAACGGGGUCGUCGAGCCAGUUUGUUCGAAGCUUCCGAGAGGGAAGGCGCGGACAGUAUAAUCAAGGCGCAGUCACCGUCUCAGCAGGGUGACGCCUGGAGAUGCACCUGUUAAUUCGCAUUCUCAUCGGAGGUCUAUCCGGCUGGUUGGACGGCGGUCAUGUAUCAGCUCCAGGCACAGAGGAUUUCGUCUAUUUAUAUGCACGGGGGAAGAAGACGCGCUCGUUUCUAUUACCUGUACAUACACACCGCGACCGGGAGUAAGCGGUCGUCGAGCGGAAAAAUCGACCUGGACACGCGAGAGGUGUUCGAAUUACGUGGCGAAGGUGGCACGGGGCAAGUAUUCACCACACUAGUACACCAUCUGCAAUAAUCGCAACGGAGAUGUUGUUUUAGAUAUAUAUUAUCUCGUAAACCCUGCACUCUCUGUCACACGCGAGAGCCGAACAGUGAGGACACGUGGCGUGAUGGUGUUAACAUAACGCGAGACGACGUGAAGAUAAUAUUCCACCAUGAAUCAAAUGGUACAUAUAUAUAUAUACGUGUGUGUGUGUGUGUGUGUGUGCACGAUCGUAAACACGAGACGAAACAUAACGUUCGCUCAUAAACGGAGCAGCAAGGCUCUCGCUUUUUGAUAAUCCGGAAACACACGUACACGCAUUAAAGCUCGCGAACUAUGUUUCGGAAAAAAUUUAUCGCGGAACUUAUCUUAUGAUAUGCGAUUAUAUAUACCUACGUCGUAGAUAUGUACUUCAUAGAAAUUCGAGUCACGCACGUGCGAGUGUAGAGUCGGCAAAAAAUUAUUGCCGCGAGAUAAUCGAAACGCCUGAGAAAACGCGUCGUCGCGCGAGAAACGUAGAUACGUUCAAUUGUUAGGCCCCGGUUUCAUCGGUGUCGGUUUACUUGCAAAAGAUGAAUCGAUGACGAAGUUUUUGACGCGUGAAAACGCAUGACGCGCAAGCGAAGGAAAUUCAGUUCGGUUUUCUCAGAAAAGGAAGGAACUGUUACUGGGGUGACGGAGAGUCGGCGAAAGGAAUCGCGAGAUUUUGGAUUUUCGUACAAUUCUCAUGUAAUCUCGUCGAUGUUAGUCUGCCAGACGCAGUCAUUGGAUUAUUAUAGGCAGUUUAAAAAAAAAAAAAAAACGUGCAGUUAGAUUCGCUUGAAGUAUUUGAUAAGGCCUAACUAACUAAAAACAAAAAAAAACAAAAAAAACCAAAAAAAAAAAGAAACAUCCUCUCGAUGCUAAUGAAGCGACACUUUUUCGCAGUAAUUUGACGUAUUACUAUAUUAAUUAGUAUGUCUACGCGAGAAAGACAUCAUCAAGCGCAUUGUGAUUUUCGUCUGAAAACGACAUUAUACUAUUACGAGACUUGCGAUUUGUCAUCUAUGUCUCUUAACGAGGACCAGGGAGGCUCUUCCCGUAUGGAAGAGCUUGCGCGAUUAGCUGUUACACGUCGGAAUUAUUUGAUGCACAGAUGCCAAUGUGUGUGUGCGCGUGUUGUUUUUGAAAUGUAGAGGAUUCGGGACAAGUGAAAUUCGCGCGUGAAAACCAAAAUAUCAGAAUGAGUAAUCGAAUAAAGUUUAAAAUACAUUUUAUUCAAUUAAAUUAAAUCAAAUUUUAAAUAUUAAAUUAAUUUUUAUUCCAAGAUAAAAAUACGGAAACGUGUUAUCUGUCAUAAAUCUAAAUUUAACUCAAAUAUAUCGACAAAGGAAUUUGCUAUAUUUAUUGUGACACGCAGAGCUUUUUUGAAAGAAAUGAAAGCGUUAAUUAAAUUUUUCUUCUAAUUGAAAGAAAGGAAGUAACACAAAUCGUAUUUUUAAAAGGCUUUGAUAUUUAUUGUCAGAGAAAAACUGAUAUUUUUUCGUUUAAGAAAAAAAAACAAAAACGAUAUUUUAAGUUGAAAUUAAAUUUCGAAAAAACAGAGGCCAAAUCGACAAACGCUUGACAUUUGUGUAUCAAACUUUUCAUAUCGAUACGUACACGUGAUAAUAAUCCACGCUUAAAUUAAUUGCGCUUCGAGAGAAUCGUAAUGGAAACACUUUCGUCUGUUUUUUCAUAAUCGAUGAACGGCGUUAUACGGCAAUGCAUUCUGCCGCGGGAUGUCUCAGAAACGUUGUUUCGUGAAAAAAAAAAAAAAAAAAAAAAUAGGAGCACUUAAUGCGUUCUUGCAUUUUUCAUGGGCCAUAUUUGCGGUCGUGUAGACCGCGAGAAAUUAGCUGCCAUACCUAUAACACGCUGCAACACGUGCACGUUUUUUAACGCAGGGUGUGUAAAUUAUUCGAGAGAUCGAGUCUUUUUAAUUUCAAAAAGUGUGUGUUGAGAGAGCUUUUUUAUACGAUACGGGAUCGAGUUCUUGAUCGGUCAUCGAGUAUAUAUCUCGAUGUUAUAUAAUAAAGACACUUUUCAAACGUGCGGCGCUUUUACUUGCAAGACGAAUUUUUUUUUCAAUUCAACUUGCGCCACGUACAGCAAACGGGACUGGAAGAUGAAUCGAACGCACAUUUGUGAGAAAUAUAUUGCAACCACUUGCGCACGUACAAGAUUGACUGUUGUUUUUUUUUAACAACACAAAAAGAGUAAAACGAGCGAACAAUUAAGUUUUUAAAUUUGCGAUAUUCGAUUUAACUUUCAAUCCUACGUUUUUUUUUACGAGUCGUUGUCACA